AUGGAGUCUCCGCUCCCCAAAGCGCCUCAGAAAAGGCAAGUGACCAUCACUAUUUUCUUGUUUCUACUGUGGGAGGUGGGCAGUGUAACCGUUAAGUAUUCCAUUCUAGAAGAAAGAGACAGCGGUUCUUUUGUGUCCAACCUAGAAAACGAUCUAGGGCUGGGCAUAGGGGAGCUGGCCAAGAGGGGCGCCCAGAUUCUUUCCCAAGGGAAUAAACAGCACUUAGAGCUUGAACAAAAGAGUGGGAAUUUGCUCCUAAAAGAAAAAUUGGAUCGAGAGGAGUUGUGCGGGGACACGGAUCCAUGUAUACUGCAUUUCCAGGUGUUAGUGAAAAACCCGGUGCAGUUUAUUCAAGGUGAACUACACCUCCAAGAUGUAAAUGACCAUGCCCCAGAAUUCUUGGGAAAGGAAAUMCUCCUUAAAAUCGCGGAAAGCAGCCAACCAGGGACUCUGUUUCCUUUGGAAAUAGCUCAAGAUUUGGACGUUGGUAGCAACACAGUUCAGAACUACAUAAUUAGCAGCAACUCCUAUUUUCACCUUCUCACUCGCAAUCACAGCGACGGCAGGAAAUACCCCGAGCUGGUGCUGGAAAAAGCCCUGGACCGAGAGGAGCAACCCGAGUUCAGGUUAACCCUCACAGCUCUGGAUGGUGGGUCUCCGCCCAGAACUGGAACUUGCCAGGUUCUCAUCCUGGUUUUGGACAUCAAUGACAAUGCCCCUGAAUUUGCUCAAGGACUCUACCAGGUGCAGAUCCCAGAGAACAGCCCUGUAGGUUCCCUUGUCAUAAUCGUCACCGCUAGAGAUCUAGAUGCUGGGAUCUAUGGGGAGCUCACCUACUCAUUUUUCCAAUCCCCAAAUCAAGUCAUUCAGGCCUUUGAAAUAAAUAAAGCCUCAGGAGAAAUUAGAUUAAAAAAACUGUUGGAUUUUGAAGAAAUUGACUCUUACCACAUAGAAAUUGAGGCCUCAGAUGGUGGAGGUCUUUCAGGAAAAUGCACUGUCGUCAUAGAAGUGAUGGAUGUAAAUGACAACGCCCCUGAACUGACUAUGUCAUUACUUAUCAAUGAUAUCCCAGAAAAUUCCCCAGAAACUGUAGUUGCUAUUUUCAGAAUUUCAGAUCCAGACUCUAAAGACAACGGAAAAAUGAUGUGUUCCAUUCAAGACCAUCUGCCCUUUAUUCUGAAACCCACAGUAGAAAACUUCUACACUUUGGUCACAGAAGGAGCACUGGACAGAGAAACCAGAGCCCAGUACAACAUCGUCAUCACCGUCACCGACUUGGGGACACCCAGGCUGAAAACCAAGCACAACAUAACCGUCCUCGUCUCCGACGUCAACGACAACGCCCCUGCCUUCACACAAACAUCCUACACACUGUUGGUGCGCGAGAACAACCAGCCCGCUCUGCACAUAGGCACCAUCAGUGCCACUGACAGAGACUCAGGCACCAACGCCCAGAUCACCUACUCGCUGCUGCCAAACCAGGACCCGCACCUGCCUCUCGCCUCGCUGGUUUCCAUAAACGCAGACAACGGGCAGCUGUUCGCGCUGAGGGCGCUGGACUUUGAGGCCCUGCAGGCAUUCGAGUUCCACGUGGGCGCCACAGACCAAGGCUCUCCCGCGCUCAGCAGCCAGGCGCUGGUGCGAGUGGUGGUGCUGGACGACAAUGACAACUCGCCCUUCGUGCUGUACCCAAUGCAGAAYGCCUCUGCRCCCUGCACWGAGCURGURCCCAGGGCGGCAGAGCAGGGCUACCUGGUCACCAARGUGGUGGCRGUGGAYRGAGACUCGGGCCAGAACGCCUGGCUGUCAUACCAGCUGCUCAAGGCCACGGAGCCAGGGCUGUUUGGCGUGUGGGCGCACAAUGGCGAGGUGCGCACCGCCAGGCUGCUGAGUGAGCGCGACGCGGCCAGGCACAGGCUGGUGGUGCUGGUCAAGGACAAUGGCGAGCCUCCGCUGUCUGCCAGCGUCACGCUGCACGUGCUGCUGGUGGAUGGCUUCUCCCAGCCCUACCUGCCGCUCCCGGAAGUGGCGCCUGAGCACGCGCAGGGGGACUCGCUCACUGUCUACUUGGUCAUUGCCUUGGCCUCUGUGUCAUCUCUCUUCCUCUUCUCUGUGCUGGUGUUCGUGGCGGUGAGGCUGUGCAGGAGGCGCAGGGCGGCGCCGCUGGGUGUCUGCUCUGUGCCUGAGGGCCACUUUCCUGGCCACCUGGUGGAUGUCAGUGGCACCGGGACCCUGUCUCAGAAUUAUCGAUAUGAAGUUUACCUGGCGGGAAGUUCUGAGACUAGUGAGUUCCAAGUUCUUAAACCAAUGCUCCCCAACUUACUGGGUGAAGGUGCUGAUAAGAAUACCGAAGAAAACCGUAACUUGAAGAAUCAUUUUGGGUUCAAUUAGGAAUCUGACAACAGGUUGU